AUGGCGGAUGCCGAGAAGCUCGGCUCAGAGUCAAACCAGACCACCCCAAGGAAUUUGGACACCCAGAUACGGUCCUCAAUACCAGACGACGAAGCAGACCUGGAGAAGAGCGACCUGACGACCACUAAGGCUGUUUUGCCGACUGUAGAAGCUGUCAACGACGACCCAAAUGUCGUCGAUUGGGAUGGACCAGAUGACCCAGAGAAGCCUAUCAACUGGACGGCGUUCAAGAAAUGGAAGAACAUCUUCGUCAUUUCGUCACUCACGUUGCUCACGCCUUUUGCGUCCUCGAUGUUCGCCCCCGCCAUUCCCAGUGUCAUGAGGGACUUCAACGCAAACAGUGUGGCCUUGGGUGCCUUCGUUGUGUCCGUCUACGUCCUCGGCUAUGCUUUUGGACCCCUGAUCAUUGGACCAAUGUCUGAACUGUACGGCCGGCUAUGGGUCUAUCACAUCAAUACUGCCUUGUUUGUGAUAUUCAACAUCGCGUGCGGCUUCGCGCAAGAUCUCAAUACAGAGAUCGUGCUGCGCUUCUUUGCUGGAUUUGCCGGUGUUGCCCCGAUGACGGUUGGAUCCGGCACGAUCGCCGACCUAUUCAAGCAGGAGGAGCGCGGCAAAGUCAUGUCCGCAUGGACGCUUCCCAUUCUACUAGGACCUACUCUGGGACCCGUGGCUGGAUCGUACAUCAGCGAAGCCCUUGGCUGGCGAUGGGACUUCUACACUCUCAGUAUAGCUGCAGCCGUCAUGUUCGUCAUCGCCAUCGCCCUGCAAGACGAGACCUAUGCAAUCACUCUCCUUCAACGCAAGGCAAAGAAGCUGCGGAAAGAAACCGGAAACGAAAAGCUCCAAUCCGCCCUGAAGCCCGCCAAAAAGCCAACCGAUCUCUUCUGGUCCUCUAUCGUGCGUCCGACCAAGAUGCUCUUCCUUUCGCCUAUCAUUUUCGGCCUGUCUCUGUACAUCGCCGUAUGCUACGGAUAUAUGUACCUCGUCUUCACCACGAUCACCGAGCUUUUCGAGAAGCAGUACGGCAUCGCCCACGGUAACGUCGGCCUGACUUUCCUGGGCAUUGGUGUCGGCCAGUUCUUAGGGUUGUUUGUGUUUGGUGGCAUGUCAGAUCGAAGCCUGAAAGCUCAAGCAAAGAAGAACGGAGGAGAGAUGAAGCCAGAAUAUAGGCUGCCUCCUUUAGUGUGGGGUGGCAUAGCCAUGCCGGCCGGCUUGUUGGUAUAUGGAUGGUCUGCGGAAUAUACGGUGCAUUGGAUCGUCCCGAUCAUCGGAACCACAAUUGUCGGCGGAGCUAUGAUUUUGAUCUUCAUGCCUAUCGGGACGUACCUGGUCGACGCAUACACACGUUACGCCGCCUCGGCCAUGGCAGCGAACACAGUGCUGAGGAGCGUAGGUGGCGCUGUGCUGCCCCUCGCUGGGCCGAAGAUGUUUCACGCCCUGGGCUAUGGCUGGGGAAACACGUUAUUGGCAGGAAUAGCGGUGCUGAUGCUGCCGAUCGUGUUUGUGUUUUUGAGGUACGGGGAAAGGAUACGGACACAUCCAAGAUUCCAGUUGGAUCUGUAG